AUGUCUGAAGAAGAAGAAGAGCGUUGUAUUUGUCAAAUCUGUGAAUGCGGAAACCACAAGUGCGCACAUGUGGACGCUGACUGGGGUAUGAGUAAGGGAAUCGGUGAAGCAGCUACUGAGUAUGGUGCCCAAUAUCCGGGUAAAGAAGUGGUAAGGACACGUGCAAUUCGCCCAGCUGAGACGAUAAUCAAUUCGGGAGAAUUCAACGGAGAAACGACUAACAAAGCGGAUUUCGAUGAGAAACAUGUGUCUAGAAAUCGAUCUUUCAAACCAGCCGCUUCACCGAUUCAAUCUGGAGAGUUUAACGGGAACACCACCAAUAAAUCGGACUUCAAUGUCAAGCAGGUUGAGAGGCAAACGGCUUUUCGCCCUAUUCAGUCAACUGUCCAACGACAACUGGCAAUUCGCCCAGCUGAAGCUUCAUAUGGUGGCGGCGAGUUUUUGGGAAAUACCACGAACAAGGUGGAUUACGAUAGAAAGGAGGUUCAAAGACAGUCAGCAAUUCGUCCUGCCGAAGCCUCUUACGGCGGCGGCGAGUUUUUAGGAAAUACCACGAACAAGGUCGAUUAUGAUAGGAAGGAAGUUCAAAGGCAGUCAGCAAUUCGUCCUGCAGAAUCACCUAACGGUGGCGGGGAGUUCAUGGGAGAUACCACAAACAAAGUUGAUUACGAUAAAAAGGAGGGAGUGCGUCAAAAAGCAUUCCGUCCCGUCGUCACUACUAUUCAGUCAGGACAAUUUGAUGGAGUUACUACAAACAAGGCGGAUUUCGAUAAAAAGCAGGCGGUGCGAAGCUCGCCAAUUCGUCCCGUGGAAGUAUCAUUUCGUAUGGAUGGUCCGAUAGACGGUCUGACAACAACACAGAAUGACUUCCAGGCCAAGAAAGUGAACAAAGUUCAAGCCAUUCGACCUCGAAGCAACCCGCUGGUCCGCGGGCAACCAUUCGAAGGCCAUUCAACAUACCAAGAUGGCUAUGUCCCAAAAGAAGUCAAUCGACAACGUUCAAUGCGCCCCUCAGAGCACAAUUAUGCGUCAACCAGUCCCUUCGAGGGCAAAUCAACGCAGAAAGUUGACUUUACCGCAAAAAGGGUUGAUAUUUGUCCAGCCGAGAAAGUGCUGACGAGAAGGGACAAAUCCUAUGAGUUUUCCAAGACGCGAAACGGACACAACUUCUACCAUCAUCGAGUCACUCAUGCAAAUCGAGCUUACAGUUCGCUUGUUCCUGUGGCAUAA